AUGGAUGCGGAUGACAAUUUUGGGGUUCUUGUUGUGUUGUUGCAUUGUUCACGUGUUUCUCACAGCUCGUCAGUGUGCGAGGAUUGGAGCGAAGAGGAAGCAGGGGUCACUCUGCUUGUUGUUCGACAAAAAAACUCUGCUUCUUGGGCUGUAGGAAGCGAGCCAGGAAACCUGCUAGAUCUCGUGGCUCAUCAGAGCCAUCACUUGCUGAGACUUGCUAGUGGUGGGCGAUGGCAAGGUCGAGCCUUGUCGAGAGCAAGUGAAGCUUGCCCUGCCUAUGGCAUGCUACAGAAAAUAAGUGCAAGCAAUCCACAAUUGUUUGAAUUGAAAGACGGUAGGGGACGCACUCCCCUUCAUUUGGCAGCGUACAUCAAUUACUAUGAUGGCAUCAAAUACCUACUAGAAGAAUUCGCCUCGAGCGCAGUCGAAUACGAUAGAGACGGCCAUUUUCCGAUUCACGUUGCUUGUAAAGAGGGUCAUGUUGAAGCAAUCAAGGAGCUGCUUCAGCAGUGGCCAGAUCCCACGGAGUUGAUCAAUCGACAAGGACAAAACAUCCUUCAUGUCUGUGCCAAGCAUGGAAGAAUCCGGGCAUUGAGGUACAUACUUGGGAAUGCCAACCUGGAGAAGCUCAUCAACGAGAGAGACAAUGAUGGGAACACUCCUCUGCAUUUGGCCACAUUGCCGUGGCACCCCGUGGUUCUGCUUGAUCUCGUGCUGGACAAAAGAGUUGAUUGUAACCUUCUCAACAACGAAUGCUUGACGGCUCUUGACUUUGCGACAGAGCAAAUCAAAAGAACGGGUCCUACGCUUCAAAAGAGAUUACCCUCGAUGAUUUUGAAAUCUGCCGGGGCACCUACAAGUAAAGAUUUGGCUGUCUAUAGGUCAAGAAAUCAAGAAAUUAUGGCGGAAUUUACAGUCCUUGCUCUCCAAACCGGAGGUAUAUUGAGGGGACAGGCAAACGCUCGUUCUAUCAUCGCCACGUUAGUGGCAACCGUGACCUUUGCGGCUGGUUUUGCCAUUCCUGGAGGUUUUGUUGAGAGUUCUCAGCCUAACUCGGGAACGGCUACAAUGCUGAAGAGGGGAAUGUUCCAGGCCUUUGUCAUUUGCAACACCAUUGCGAUGUACAGUGCCAUAAGUGUGGUUGUCAUGUUGCCUUGGGCAGAUCUGAAUGACUCUUACGUUGCUCUAACUGCCCAUAUAAUUGCAAUAAAGUGGCUGUUGGUAGCUCUUGGAACAAUGUCCAUAGCAUUUAUGGCCGGUGGCUACGUGCUCAUAAGCAAACUCACUUGGCUCGCCUCUCUUGUCCUGUUGAUUGGAGCUCUUGCCAUAUGCCAUAACUGUGCUUUGUACAUGGCAAUGUACAUUCCUUUUGUGGUAAAUUCGCAGUAUUUGCACCGCAUAGCCUUCCGUAUCAUCCGCCUAGCAGUUGCAAUAUCGAGACUUCUAGUUCGCUUCCCCGAUGUCCUGCAAGAUGAAGACUGGCGACCUGCUGGCAUGGAUGGAACAAGCCCGGCCACUUUGUCUCCAUCCAGUGGUACUUAG